UGCAGGUAAAUGCUUGGUGAUCGCGGAGUGCUGGCGGGGGCGUGGCUUAGAGGUGUGUCGUGUGUGUGUUAUGGGCGGGCUUGAGUUUGUAUGAGGGAGAAAGUUUCUGCGGGACUCACUAACAGUGUCUGGGCUUCAGACUCACGCGCAGUCAUGCUCUUCAUCCCGGAUUUGUCUGCUCUUGAUCCGGUCAUGUUUCUGAAGUGACCCAGAGCGGCGGGGACUGAGAUCUUCUACACACUGGAAGAGAUUGUCGGGGUUUGAGCAUGUUUUUAUUCUUUCUGUUAUCAGCUCUGGUCCUGUGUGGAUGUACACAAUAUUCCAGCGACCAGUGCAACUGGAGAGGAAGUGGUCUGAUGCACGAGUUUCACGCGCGGGACGUAGAGCAGGUGUACCUGCGCUGCGCCGAAGGCUCUCUGGAGUGGCUCUAUCCCCCAGGAGCCGUCAUCGUCAACCUGAGGCCCAACCUGCCGUCUGCGGAGGGUCACCUGCGCGCCUGCGUCAAGCCGCGGCCGGACUCGCGCGGGGCCAGGCUGUAUGUGGAGCGGGCCGGAGCGCUGCGGCUGCUGCUGACGGAGGAGGACCAGGCGGCCGGACACGUGCGCUGCUUCUCUCUGCAGGAGGGGGCGCUGUUCGUGGAGGCCUCGGCCCGCCGGGACAUCAGCCGGAGAAUCACUGCCUUUCAGUACCAGCUGAUCUCCACACACACGCCAGCCGGAGACCAGCCCCACUCACAGACAGCUUCAUGCAGACCCUGCGCUGAUGACGAGCUGCUGAUGGCGAUCUGCACCAGCGACUUUGCGGUGCGCGGCAGUAUUCAUCAUGUGGAGGAGGAGGAGGAGGAUGAAGAUCAGGCGUCAGUGGUGGUGUCGUUGAGUCACGUGUACCGUCAGAAGAGCCGUGUGUUUGUGUCCGGCGGCGGGGGGCGGGGGUGCGGCCGGUGGACGGGUCGUGUGAAGAUGCCGCAGCAGUGCGGCCCGCGAGCGGGACAGGGCGAGUUCCUCUUCACGGGAGCCGUGCGGUUCGGGGAAGCCUGGCUGAGAUGUGCUCCGCUUUAUAAAGACUUCAUCAGACUGUACCACGCAGCUCUGGACGAGGGAACAAACCCCUGCCACAUACACACGGACUGAGACACACACAACAAUCCUCUGCUGAACUGAACCCACUCUGACAAAUUUUUUACAUGCCUUGGUCCAAGGGCACAUUUUAUCCCAAAAUCAAAAAAAAUAAAUAUUACCUUUAGGAUACUUAAAUAAAAGUUGGAUUAUUUUAUAACCAGGUUUUGAAAUAAUUGUUAUAAUAAUUAAAUAAAUUGCCCCUCUAAAAUUCUCAUUACUGCAUUUCAUCCAGAGUUUUUUAAUUAUUAAUAUUAUUAUAUUUUUACAUUUUCAUUUUAAUUUAUAAUUCAUAAUUUUCAGCUGGGGUUUCUUUAGGUUUAUUACUGUCAAAUGUUUUAAUUUUGCAGUAAUACUACUAAUCAGCAUAAACUAAAUUUUAAUUAAAUCCUACCAUUAUGUAAAAAUAUUUCACUUAUUUCAAUAUUUAAUUUACUUUAAAAUUACUGAUAUAAUAAUAAUAAUAAUAAUCAUCAUCAUCAUCAUCAUUAUUAUUUUUUGUUGUUGUUAUUGUAACAUAGUAACACAGCAACAUAGUAUUUAAAUAAUGAAAUAGUUGUAUAUAAUUGCUCUAUUUGUAGUGCUGAAUUUAAAUAAUAAUAUUUUUAAAACUGGGGAUUUUUUUUUUUUUUUUUUUUGCUUACAAUAACGUCACAAUUUAAUUUUUUAAUUUUUUAUGCCAAAUCUUUCUUCUUUAUUUAUGUUGAUUUUGGGGUGAAAUGAGGCCUGAGUUUGUUUUUUCAGGUUUUUCAAACGGGAUGUCCAGUGGUUCCAGAUGGAUGGCUCUAAGUCAGAUCCAAGUCAUCAGUCCUCCCUGAAGUUGCUGUUCUUGGUUACAGACAGAAGUUGUGUUUGUGUGUUUCUGUCUGUUCUUGUUGCCUGAUUUGAUUCGUCUGAAAGCCAUACAGAGACAGUGUGUGGUAACACUCGGAUCCGUGUGAUGAGCUCUUGCCUGCACGCGUGUGCUGCUGCGAGACGAUGAACGCUGCUUUUGUUUAAAGCUUUGUUAUUGAGCGGUCAAUUCUUCUGACUGACGUCUGGGACUGUUUUCAUGUGUUCACGAGUGAGAUUGAGUGUGUGUGUGUGUUUGUUUCUCUUCCUUGGACUCCGAGUCUGGAAUAAAACACUCCUAAUAGAAACAUCA